UCUUCUUUGCUCAGGGAUAAUUAUUCUGAUAUCAACUCUCUCUCUCUCUCUCUCUCUCUCUCUCUCUCUCUCUCUCUCUCCCCCCAUGCAGCCUCUUCGAAGAAAGACUCCUCUUUUCAACUCAGAAAUGGGGGCAAUGAAGAGUCGAAAGAACAAUAACCUCUCCAUUUUCGUGGUGGUGUUCUCCAUAUUCCUCUUUGGGGUCUUCAUGUACAACGAGGACGUUAAGUCAAUAGCGGAGUUUCCAUUCUCGAGUCCUAAAGCACAAGAAACCCAUGGAGGGAAAUCCAAACAAGUUGAGUCUGUUCAUGAAGACACUGUUGUAGUUCAAAGGGACACUGAGAAAGACGUGGAAGACAGUGUAGUUCAAAGGGACACUGAGAAAGAUGUAGAAGACACUGUCACUGUCACAGUUUCUAAGAACUCAAGAGCUCAAUUGGAGAAGAGCCAGGAUGAAGAUUCUGAUGAAACACAAGAGCGUGUUGAUUUGAAAACGGUUGUGGCGGAGGAGAAAGAGAAGAAGAUUGAAUUGCCACGUGCGGAGGAAGAGGAAGAGGAGGAGGAGGAGGAGGAAGAAGAUGAAGAGGUUGUGUUGCCUCCAGAAGAUUGUGACUUGUUCACUGGGGAGUGGGUUUUGGAUAACGUGACACAUCCUUUGUAUAAAGAAGAGCAAUGUGAAUUCCUAACUUCGCAAGUGACAUGCAUGAAGAAUGGACGACCAGAUUCUUUGUAUCAGAACUGGAAAUGGCAACCCAGAGAUUGUUCUCUACCCAAGUUCAAACCGAAGCUGUUGUUUGAGAAGAUUAGAGGGAAAAGGCUUAUGUUUGUUGGAGACUCACUGAAUAGGAACCAGUGGGAAUCGAUGGUUUGUAUGGUCAAUUCUGCGGUUCCUUCAGAGAAUAGGACUUGGUACAAGACUGGUUCACUUGCUAUCUUCAAAAUCGAGCCAGAGCACGUUACUACGGUGGAAUUCUACUGGGCACCAUUCCUUGUAGAGUCAAAUUCAGAUGAUCCAAAUAUGCAUAGCAUAUUGAACCGUAUCAUCAUGCCUGAAUCGAUUGAAAAGCAUGGAGUGAAUUGGAAGGAUGUGGACUACCUGAUUUUCAACACCUACAUAUGGUGGAUGAACACUUUCACUAUGAAAGUCCUGCGAGGGUCAUUUGAUGAAGGGUCCACGGAGUACGAUGAAGUCCCACGGCCAGUAGCAUAUGCGAGAGUCGUCAAUACAUGGUCAAAAUGGGUAGAUGACAACAUCGAUCCAAAUCGGACCAAAGUUUUCUUCAGCAGCACGUCUCCUCUGCAUAUCAAGAGUGAGAAUUGGAACAACCCGGAUGGCAUAAAAUGUGCUAAGGAAACCACUCCAGUUGUGAAUAUGUCGACCCCAUUGGAUGUGGGCACAGAUCGUCGCCUUUUUGCCAUUGCCAACAAUGUGACACAGUCAAUGAAGGUGCCGGUGAACUUUAUCAACAUCACUACUUUAUCAGAGUUAAGAAAAGAUGCACAUACCUCUGUUUACACCAUACGCCAAGGCAAGAUGCUAACACCGGAACAGCAAGCUGACCCGGCUACCUAUGCAGAUUGUAUUCAUUGGUGCUUACCGGGAUUACCCGACACUUGGAAUGAGUUCCUUUACACACGGAUCAUCUCUCAAUCUUGACCUACAACGUACAGAUAUCUCCACACAAUUCUGUUUCCCCCUUUUCCCUCAUAAUUGUUAUUAUUUUUCCUUAAGAAAAACAGCUCCUUUUUCCCCUGAAUGCCUCACUCAGUAUUUGAUUUGUGUCAGUUUUUGUAAUUUUAGUCACUUUCUAUUAACUUUUCUUUUUUUAGGAAUUGGGCAUUUUUACCCCUUUAUUUCCCUGUUUCUUUAUUAAGCCAAUUCGGCCAUGUGCAGAAGCACAGCAAGAUCCUUAAAUGUACAAUGAACCUUUCUGGAAUGAAAAGAAAAUAAAGCACGGAAGUUUCGUUUAGAUUAUUUCAUCGGACAAUUGUUUCAACUUCAAAUUUCUAAAUAGGGGUGCUUUGUGAUCUUACGUGUAAAUUUGAAAAAUAAAAUAACUUCGUUUAUAUCAUACUUGUAACUUUUCGAAAAAGUAAAUCAAAUUAUCUAAAAGGCAAUUUAUUAUUUAGAAAAUUUAAGAUAAAAUCAUUUUGUUUAAUUACAAAUAUACAAAGCAUUUUUAUUUCAAUAGUUCUUUCUUUCCCAAAACUACUCAGUAAUUUCAUGAACUAUAAAAUCUAAUUUUAGAUUCUGAUUUUAAAAAACUAAAUAAUAAUGAUUUUAUUUAAAUGGAAGUGAUUUUUUUCUUGCAUAAAGCUAACAAAUGGACUUUUAAUAUAAUUAAAUAGUGAAAAUUAAAAAUAACAAAGGGAAUUAUACGACACUUUUAAUUAAAUUUUGGCAAGCAUCUAAGUUAACAUUACUGGUAAUUGAUACCUCGAAUAAGUUUGAAUACAGAAUUGUAGUCGAAAAUGCAACGAUAACAAAAUACGUAUGAAACCUGCCUUUUUUUUGGUCAAAAUGUAAGAAACCUACGAAAAUACGAUUCAAAAAUAUGAAAAUACUCGAC